GAGGGGAGGAGAGGGGAGAACAGCGGCGGAGAGGGGUGUGAGGAGAGCCUGAGUUUUUUUUUGUUGUGGUGGAACCAUGAAUGAAAACACUGUAACUUCAGAUGAAAAUGCUGAUAUCAAUGAAGAAAAAUGCAAGAGAAGACAGUCGGGUAUUUUGAAAGCAUACAGAAGCCCCCUGAGAACUUUGAACGAAACAGAUAUCACUCAACGGAUUGAACUACCAGUGAAACCUCGCAAGAGUUUACGGAGAGUCAGCUUUGCAAACACCGAAGAAGUCAAGGAGUUUGUGACUGAAAAAAUGCUUAUCAAAAUGCAAGAUCUUCAACAUGGAGGAGAUGUACCAACAGAACAAUUGCAGGAUUUGUUAAUAAGAAAUGAGAUGCCACUAAAUACAGACAGUAGCAUUCCUGGUAUGGAUGCAUUGCUUCAUGCGCCUAUCCAAACCAUUGACCAGGAAUCUGAGUUACGUGAACAAGAAAGUCAAGUCCUCAUUUCUAGUCUCGGAAUCCGAAAAGACGAUCUUGAUAUAGUUGGAUGUUCCAAAUCAAAAGUUACAUCUGUGCUUCAGAGGAAAAUUGAUUUUCAUUCUUUCUUGGCUGGAUUGAAUUCUGCAGAAGGAACAUGUACUCCCAUUUCACACGAAGAAAGGAAGCAGUGCAGAGAUCAGGGCUUUGAACUAAAAGUUAUUCCUGAAACUCAAAAGAAAGUUGAUUUUAAGUCGUUCUUGGACAGCAUAAAGAAUAGCAAACCAGAUGAAAAGGCAGUGACAAUGUCCUCCAUCUUUGAGCAGCAGGCAUCUAACCUAAAGGGAAUUGGUGUUUCAUCAGUUUGUGGAAUGGGUGAAAGCCUGGAGAGAACCAGUCACAUUGUCAGUGGGGCACAAACCAACUCUACCCACUUUCUGAAACCAAUGUUUUUACAUGAACAAGAUGAUGUGGAGUUUACCAGGAGCCAUACAGUUGCCGUUGACCAUUUCACCUUGGAAAAUGCUAUGGCUACUCAUUCAGUAGAGUAUAGUAAAGCAAAUAGACUGAAUAGUGGUGGGGAUGUCCUUACUAAUUUUCCAAAUAAAACUAUGGUAUUUUCUGGAGAGAAAUGUAUGGACAUGACCAGAAGUAACACGUUACCUGUUAAUGCCAAAGGUAUAGCUCAAGUAACUGCUCAGGCUGAGCUAACAUCUAAAGCGCCUCCAAUAAUUUACAGACACAUGCCAUCUUUGACUAGUGCUGAGCUGAGGAAAUUCCCAGGUGAUGGUGAUGCUACUGAUCAAAUGAAAAGCUACAUUGGAGUAACAGGUUGUAAAGCUGGACAGUUGGGCAGUUCAUUUUUGUCGCCUUUAGUUGCCAACCCAGUCCCUAAAUCAACAUCUUUUUCAUUCCCUCAUGAUCAGACCAUGGUAUAUUCAGAAGCAAAUGAUAUGGACAUGACCAAAAGCCAUACAGUUGUUAUUGAUGGCAAAAGCCUGGGACGAAUAACAAAUACACUGAUAUUUUCAGAACAAUCAAAUUGUAUGGAUUUAACCAAAAGCCACAUGACUGCUAUUGACAGUAAACACAUUGGACAACUGACAAAUAGUGCAUCAAGUUCACAAAAAUUGACCUCCAGGCCAAGUGGUCAUUGGUCAAAUGCGUCAUUCUUUACCAGUGAUAAAACUAUAGUCUCUUCAGAAAAAGAAAAUGACAUGAACAUGACCAAAAGCCAUACAGUUGCCAUUGAAAAUAAAACCUUUGAGCAAGUAACAAAUCACACUUUAGGUUCAACGGUAGUGAAAUCUGGCCAAAAUUGUCUUAGGUCCUUUCUGGAGUCCAUUCAUAAUGAUCGAGAAAUCAUCUUUUCAGAAGAACCUAUGGAUAUAACUAAAAGCCAUACGGUUGCUAUUGAUUGGAAGAGCCUUGGACAAACAAAUGAGGUACUUGGUUCAACUAAAAGAACAACUAGACCGUGGUCCAUUCUGCAAUCCUGUCACAGUGAUAAAACCAUUGUCUUUUCAGAAGAAGAAAAUGAUAUGGAUAUCACCAAAAGCCAUACAAUUGCUAUUGCCAGUAAAACUCUUGAACAAAUAACAAAUGGGAUGCCAGGUUCUAAAGUAAUGACUUGUGGACAAAGUGGUCCUUGGCCAAUUCUGCAAUCUUUUCACAAUUAUCAGAGUGAUAAAACUAUGCUCUUUUCAGAGGAAGCAAAUGAUAUGGAUAUGACCAAAAGCCUUACAGUUGCUAUUGAUGAUAAAAGCUUUGAACAAAUAACCAAUGGAGUGACAGGCUCAAAAGUAUUGACAUCUGAACAAAGUGGUCCACGGUCCAUUCGACAAUUCUGCUCUGGUGACAGAACCGUGUGCUUUUCACAAGAAGUAAAUAAUAUGGACAUGACCAAAAGUCAUACAGUUGUUAUUGAUGACAAAAGCCUUGGACAUGGGACAACCGGUCCAAGGUCCAUUCUACAAGCUUGCCCUGCGAACAGAACAAUGGUCUUUGCAGAAGAAACAAAUGAUAUGGACAUGACUAAAAGUCAUACAGUUGUAAUUGAUGAUAAAAGCCUUGGACAUGAUAGAAAAGGGACAACUGGUCUAAGGUCCAUUCUGCAACCUUGCCCUGGGAACAGAUCAAUGAUCUUUUCAGAAGAAACAAAUAAUAUGGACAUGACCAAGAGUCAUACAGUUGUUAUUGAUGAUAAAAACCUUAGACAAGGUACAACUGGUCCAAGGUCCAUUCUACAAACUUGCCCUGGGAAUAGAACAAUGGUCUUUUCAGAAGAAACAAAUGAUAUGGACAUGACCAAGAGUCAUACAGUUGUUAUUGAUGAUAAAAGCCUUGGACAUGAUAGAAAAGGGACAACUGGUCCAAGGUCCAUUCUACAAUCUUGCCCUGGGAACAGAACAAUGGUCUUUUCAGAAGAAACAAAUGAUAUGGACAUGACUAAAAGUCAUACAGUUGUAAUUGAUGAUAAAAGCCUUGGACAUGAUAGAAAAGGGACAGCUGGUCUAUGGUCCAUUCUGCAUCCUUGCCCUGGGAACAGAACAAUGGUCUUUUCAGAAGAAACAAAUGAUAUGGACAUGACCAAGAGUCAUACAGUUGUUAUUGAUGAUAAAAGCCUUAGACAAGGUACAACUGGUCCAAGGUCCAUUCUACAAUCUUGCCCUGGGAACAGAACAAUGGUCUUUUCAGAAGAAACAAAUGAUAUGGACAUGACUAAAAGUCAUACAGUUGUAAUUGAUGAUAAAAGCCUUGGACAUGAUAGAAAAGGUACACCUGGUCUAAGGUCCAUUCUACAAUCUUGCCCUGGGAACAGAACAAUGAUCUUUUCAGAAGAAACAAAUAAUAUGGACAUGACCAAGAGUCAUACAGUUGUUAUUGAUGAUAAAAGCCUUAGACAAGGUACAACUGGUCCAAGGUCCAUUCUACGAUCUUGCCCUGGGAACAGAACAAUAGUCUUUUCAGAAGAAACAAAUGAUAUGGACAUGACUAAGAGUCAUACAGUUGUUAUUGAUGAUAAAAGCCUUAGACAAGGUACAACUGGUCCAAGGUCCAUUCUACGAUCUUGCCCUGGGAACAGAACAAUGGUCUUUUCAGAAGAAACAAAUGAUAUGGACAUGACCAAAAGUCAUACAGUUACUAUUGAUAGUCGGGUUACAAAGGUAACCCCUCCAACGAGGCCAGAUUUAUCUGGGCCAACCUCCACAGGCUAUCAGUACGAACUAAUCCAGACAAUGAUACAGAUUUUGGAAAAAGUCAGAGUUACAGCACAAGUUCAAAUGUACAUCACGAUCAGAACAUCAACAAUUGGAAGAGCAAAUAGUAUUGGGACCACUUUGAAUUUAAUUCCUACUGCUGGCAUGGAUGUUUCUCCUACAGUCACCACUGACAUUAAAUAUCAGUCUCUGUCAGGCUCCGAUGAGGCAAAUACACAUAGAAGUUCUCAAUCUCCACAUCCUCCUUGUCCUGGUGAGAAGACUAUAUUCUUUACAGAAGUACAGGGUGAUAUGGAUGUUACCAAAAGCCAUAUAACGGCCAUUGAUCAAAACAACGUUGCAUCCAUGCUAAAUAACCAAAAUCCAUCUCUGGUAACAAUUGGAUCAAUGGGAACGUAUGCAUUAUCAUUUCCUAUGGAUAGAACUAUGAUGUAUUCAGAACAGGACAACAUGGAUCUGACUCAAAGCUGCACUGUAGUCAUCAAUGAUAAGAAUGACACAAGUACGACUAUUCAUACUGUGCCUAUUCAAAUUGAACACACUGUUUGUAAUAGUGUUGCCGAAGUGUCUAAAUUGUCGCUGAAAAAAGACAAAGACUCGAUGUUUACUAGCAAACCUGGUGACCUGGUUCCUUUCUGUAGUUCAACCACUACUGUUAAAACUAACCAUUUAUAUAAUGCAGUCGGUCAGCCAGUCCAUGGAUGUAAUAAUUCCACUCCUUGUGCCGAGAGCAUGACAAUUGACAUCUCUCAAAAGGCAAUUACUGAAGCUGAUACAAAGCAUGAAGUUUGUUCACAAUUUGUAUUUGGGGAAUGUAAGAACAUGUAUCAGAAAGAAAUGAAACAACCAGUGCAAUAUGUUGAGAAAGUUAUGGCCCCAAUUGUAAAGAGGAAGAGCAGUAACAAUGAUCUGAAUAUUCAGCAGGAAUGGACUCCAUGUGAUCAGAUCGGAGAGGCGGUUUCCAAUAGGUCUGUUAUGUCCAAUGUCAGUAACAAUGAAUCCAAAUGCUUUGCUGAUGGUGGAACAGCUGAGCCUAUAUGUUCAUCUAAUAGAAGUUUGGGUUCUGAAGAAUGCAGCAAGCCAAGUCUUGUUCAUUUUAUAUCAACACUUCAGAGAUUAAACACAAUUGAUGGAACCUGUGAUGUUGAAAUGGAAAAGACUCCCACAGCAUUAGAAAGGUCUCAGGCCAAUGAAAAAAAUGCUGUUGAUUGCCAGACAAGGAAGACAAAUGCAUCAUCGUCCUUAGUACAAAGUACAUUUGUUCCGGAAACCUUUAAAUCCAAAAUUACUUCUCUAGGGAUCUUCCCUGCUAAAUUGCACAGUCGACAAAACGUAUACGGAGCUGUAACUUCUGAUCAUAAGGGUGAAAAAAAGGGAUCAUCAGAGCAACCUGUUCCAAGUUCACCUUUGAGUGCUCUCUGCAGUCCAAAAAGACCUGAAGAAGAGCUGAAUGCAUUUACAUCUAACAUUGAGCUACCAGGACUUCCAGAUGUGGAAAUGCCCCUUCAAAUGGAGAGUGACAUGUCAGAUGGUGACCUGAUAAAAUCCUCUCAAAGUUUUAAGGCCGCUGAAGUGCACCCCGCCGUGUUCUCUAACCAAUCUGUCAAGCAUGAAACUUUGACUGCAAAUGAACACGAUGAUAUUGUUUUUAGUGUUAAAGACCGUCUUGGAAUUACUGCAGUUGUUAAUACAGUUGAACAAAGCCUGUGCCAAAAGCGAAGACGGGUUGAGGGGGAAAGUGAAGACGCCUGUAAUGAAAGAAAAAUGAGAAAGAGUGUGGGGCAUGAAGGCGCUGAAUCAUCAUCACAAAAGGUGAGCAGUACACCCACAGUACAGUGGGGAGGGUUGGCGAAUGGAAUCUUGGAGGAGAACAUGCACAGUCUGUUGAUAAAGAGCAUGGACUGUACCUCCAAUAACAACUCCUUAGAUUCGAUUAAAGGGGACGGAGAUGGAAUCUCUGCGCAUACCAGCAACCAGAGGUGUAACCAGAGUACAAAUCUAUUCAUGCUGGAAAAGUCUGAGCUCCAUCAGAAAUUGAUGGAUGGCAGCAUCACUGUCAGCGAAUUCUUCAAACUCUUGCAGAUUCCGAUUCAUGUGCAGAAGCCUCGUCAAAGCAUACUACCAACCACUUGUGAAACAGAUAAGUCUUCAGCACUUGAAGAGUGGUUGGCAAUAAAGUUUAUUCAUCGACCAAAACUGAGAAUCUAUGAAGAGGACAUUGCAAGUCUUUCAACAGUCCUAAAUGAGCUAAAAGACCAGCUGUUGAAUCUUGAUAAACGCUUGUCUGAAGUGAACUUGAGCCUAUGGACAGAUGUGAAAGAAAUGACAGAAGAUGAGCUGCUUCAGCUUCGUUCUUGCCUGAAUACCAAAAAAGCCACCUUUGUAAAAGAUACCAAAUUGAUUUGCCAUGAACAAAAGGUUCAUCUGUAUUCAGCACAAUUGAAUGCACUGAAGGCACAACGUCUGCAGAUUAGGAAACAUAUGGAUUCCUUAGAUGAAGUGCUUGGCAAGAUGGAGGAAUGCCUUGUUUCACUUGACCUCACAAAUUUAGAUGUUUUGGAUGACUGUACUGUGGAUGGUAACCCGGAGCUGACUGAACUGGAGCAGGCUGUAAACACGAAGAAAGAGGAUUUAAAGAAGCUUCAGACUGAGCAAUGUGAUUUAGAAAGUCAACUGACCAAAGCUGUUGCUCGAAAAGAAUUCAUGCAGGAAAAGAACUCCAGCUUUAUCGAUCACACAAAGGAUUUACGGGAGCUGUUAGAGUGGGAACUAUACAUCUGGCAGGAAGACAUGGCCGUUUACCAAUUCCUGUGGGAGACUCUCGAACUUCAUGUGAAGUUUGAAGAGGCUAAAGAUGGUCUUUCCUCUGGUAAGAAGUGCAGGAGAAUCAAUGAUCUUUACCUUGUAUCUGAGUUGGACGAGGAGGAAGCACCUUCUUACACCAAGCUUGUUCAUAAGCUGGUUAUGAUGGCUUGGAAGAAUAGAUCCUGGAUCAGCACUUGCACAAAUGAAUCACAGCUCCCCAUGCUCUUACUUGAUGUCUCGCUGGAGGUGAGCCGAUGUAGGUUGCUCGGUGAGGAACUGGAAUUCCUGAAAACCUGGGGUGCAAAAUUUGAUAUUCUGAGGACUGACAUUGAACACACUGAUGUGAAGUGUCUUUUCUCAAGUUAUUAUGCUUUGUCGAAGUUUGAAGUUACAUUUCAUCUAACACCAGGUUAUCCAUCCCUCCCUCUGAGCUUCACGUUUAAUUCACGCUUUGGAAAUAUCUGUGAUCAACACAUUAAUGAAGUUAUAGGAACAGCAAAACCAGGACAUGAGUACCUGACGAGGAUAGUGAAGACCAUCUUCUCAACACUGCUCACCAUGCCAGGAGCUCAGCAAUUCCGACAGGCAGUUUCCUAAUUGGAUUAUUGAAGACGAACCACUCAAGUCAAUUGCAAAAUCAGGGAUUUGAUCCAAUCGUCAUUCUUUAAGUUUAAAACCUUUCACUGAGACAAAACUAGAUAUGGCUGCCGAUGUGAAUACGUACCAGGCUGAGAAGGUUUCUCUCUGAGAUAAAUUUUGCACCCUCCCGAUUUGGUUGCUAGUUGGUGCAAAAGAUUUUCUUGUAAGACUGAGGAUGAAGCAUAUUAUUGAGACAAAGUAGAGGAAGGUUUACACUCAGGCUUUUCAGUACCUGACCUCAAAGUGCUCGGUUGUUCUGCUGGGUGACGGACUGCAAAACUUCCAGCGCUGAUUUUUUUUUAGUACGAAUCAAAUCUGUUUCACUGAACACGCUUCUUGUAGGUCUUCUUCAGUUUCAUUAAGACUGCAAAUAGUUUAGUAUGUUAUUUGUAUGAUUUUUCCACUGUUGAAAUUAAAGAAUUUCUAUCACA